GAUCCCAGGGAAAGUUUUACAAGGGGCUGCGCGGAACUGGCCAGAGGAGCAAGAUCGGAAAGUGAGCCAGGUCCUCCCCCCACCUCCGGGUCCGGCUCCAGGAUGAUGAAACCCGAUGUGAAGGUGGUGAUUUUGGGGGAUAUGAACGUGGGUAAAACCUCCCUCCUGCAUCGUUACACCGAGCGUCGCUUCCAGGGAACGGUUAGCACUGUCGGCGGAGCUUUCUUCCUGAAACAGUGGGGACAGCACAGUGUGUCCAUCUGGGACACAGCAGGGCGGGAGCAGUUCCAUGGGCUGGGCUCGAUGUAUUGUCGCGGAGCUGCUGCUGUGAUCCUCACUUACGAUGUGACAAACCUUCAGAGUCUCCGGGAGCUGGAAGAGAGAUUCCUCACCCUGACUGACACGGCUCAGCCCGAUUGUAUCUUUGCUGUGGUGGGGAACAAGUCUGACUUAACUGAUGACUGCGCGGAGAUUGACGAAGCCGAGGGAGAGGGGCCAAUUCCAGCAUCCCCUGCUCCCAGAGCAAGUAAACAGGCUUUCAAAGAGGAUGCAAUUCAUCUCUACAAACAGCUCAUUAAGUACAAGAUGCUGGAUGAGAAGGAUUUCCCAGUGGCUGAGAAAGUGUGCUUUGAAACCAGUGCUAAAACCGGCCACAAUGUUGACCUACUCUUUGAGACUGUUUUUGAACUGGUUGUGUCGCGCAUUGUGAAGGAGCGAAUGAAACCCUCCGAUACGGUGGCGCUGAAUCAGAAUAUGAAUUCUAAGUCCGCUAAAUCGCCGUGCUGCACUUGAGCAAGAUGGCCGACUGUUCUUCUGUAACUUGUAAUGGAUGGAGGAGAAAUCCCACUCUGUGAGGCAGCAAACAUCUCGGGGCAGCAAACAGUUACACCUGCUGCGUCUGCAAAGUGAGACCCAUCGCCCCCAACACAGCAGGCUGAUCCACACCUUGGUUCCGUUCUAGGACACUUUUUAAUCCUGAGCCACCGUGUACUAGAAUGAACAGAAUGCCACACGAUCAUUGGUGCAAUAAGUGCUCAACACAGUCUCUGCACUGCCACCUGCUCACAGUGUGGGAGUUAGAACAAUCAGUCCUCCUUUCAUAGACUUGUGUAGCUGGGAUUAAGUAGCCAAUCAACAGUGUCAAAGGUUAAUUCGACAGGUAACUGCGAGUAAGCUGCUUAGAACUGGUUGGGACAGUCUUCAGUGUUAUUGAGGGGGAGAAGCAUGAAUUGCAUCCCUCAUCCUGCCAUUAAACUGCAGUGUGAUGGUUCAGCAGGUUCUUGAUUAUCGAAGGAAUUUCCUGCUGCAGAUUUAAUGAUUUGAAAUCAGAUAUAAGCUGUGAUGUGAUUUAAUGUGACUUUUUCUGACAGAUAAUGAUCAAUGGUUUUCUUAAUUUUUAAGAAUGCUUGGUAUUAACAGAUAUGUGAAAAUUAAAUUGGCUUUUGAACUGUUGAGUUGGAGUGUUUGUGGAAAUCACCAUUGCCUGGGCUGUAUGCCAGCUCUCGUGUAUUAAAUUGUACACUUUCAUUCUCAAAGUAAUUUGUGCACCUUACUGUAUAUAAAGCUCUAGUAAAUAAUUUAAAAAUGUCCAAAUUUUA